UCUAAUAUUCUCUCUCUCUUGCUCGCUCCCAUUCUCUCGCUCUCACUCUGUGCAGCGAUCAUUCUUUCUCUCCGCUGACAGAAGGGACUGGUGGCUGCCUGGUGGCUAUAGGAGGGAGGAGUGUCCUACGUGCCGUCACCCCCUUAACUUUGAGCCACUACGCUCGCCUGCUCCGCUCCACCGCGUUCUUGCCAACUUUACGGGUGGUCACGGUUAUUUUUUCUUGUUUUUUUUUCCCCCUCUUCUCCGCAAGACGCUGUGAAGUGGUGGGAAGCUUACGUCGUUUGACAAGUGCACAAGAGGAAAGGGUGUGGGGGGUCUUUGCUGCCGCUUGCUGCUGCUUCGGGUGAUCCGAGGGAAGGAAUACCGCGAAGUAACGGAGGAGGGGAAAAAAACACGGAGGAGAGAAGGGGGUGAAGGAGAAGGAGAAGGAGGAGGAGGAGGACAAGUCUUUGGGGAGCAUAUGGUUCAGCGGGCUGUGGACAGCUGCUGACUAUCUGUUGGCUAAUUACGCCAAGGCAAGGAAGCCCCUCGCUGAAGGAGACACUCCACACACACACACACAGCUUCAACGUUUUUGGGGGGCAAGGCUUUUGCUAACGGAGACACCCCCCUCCCUCCUCCACACACACAUGCACACCCUCAUACACGCGUACAAACCCACAUGCACGCACUACUAGAAGUGGAUCUACAGCAGCGUUGAGGAGUAUACAGAGUCUUCUUCUCCUCUCCUCCUCGCUGAGUGUCUACACGCUGUGUCAGUGUGGUGGGUGUGCGUGACUGCGUGUGUGAUUGGCACGAGUGUGUAGUACGUACGUGUGUGUGCUCGAGAAGGAGAAAGAGAAGAAGAAGAAGAAGAAGAAGAAGGAGCAGAGGCAGGAGUGUAGGAGUGUCGAGAGAGGAGGCUUGAUGACUGUGGCUGCACCUCCGAAGCGGUCACAGGCACAGGCACAGGCACAGGCACAGGACCGGUACCGGUAAGGUUCUUGGUGAGUGAGCGGAGUCGAGUCUGCUGCCGCGCUCACCACCUUUCCACCAGGGGGAGGGUGGCACAGGAUGCUCUGCCAGCCUGGCAGCCGUUCCUGACACAUGGCACACGGCGCCCGGCCUGGCAUCUGAGGGGCAACACGUCGGGCACGGACAGGUGGCACUGCCUCUGCAGGGCAGGGCUUUCCACAGAGGAGAGAGGAGAAGAGGAGAGCAAGAGGAGUGAGGAGAGAAAGGGGAGGGAAGGAAGUUCUCCAGUAGGGGGGCUGAUCAUAGUCCAUCAGUCUGGGCAUGCUUCCACUCCUGGUGCUCUCUGUCAACAAGAAGCUCCAGCUCUGUUUUCAUUACUGAUUUACUCAGCAGCGGGAGCUGGCUGGUGUGUGUAGUGGGUGUAUUUUGUGAUUUUUUUUCUCUCCUUCUUCUGGAUUUUAGUCUGUCACAGUGUGGAAUAGAGAAAAAAAGGACAAAGUGCAAGAGGGAACAGUAACUGCCAACAGGCGCUCAUUUGCCUGUGGCUCUUCAGCUGUCCGGCUUGGUACACAAACAAGCAGGUACUACACUUCACGUGGCGCGAUGGAAUUCUGAAGGCUUUUAGCUGGAAGGUAUAAAGAAGUGGGAAAGUGGUUGAGAGCAAGCUCUACAGCAAAGGUUUUUUUUUCUCCAUUUCUCCAAGCCCCCCCACUCUUAUUCCCUGCCGUGGAUGGAUGUUGGAAACAGUGCAUAAUGUGUUGCCUGGAAACGGCAGAGAGCUUUUCUGUGCAUUUUCAUGAAAGGAUUCCGCGCCGAAGUCUCCACAGAGCCUCACAGCUGGAGUUGUAGCUGAAUUUCUCCGACCUGACAUUUUUUUUCUUUUCCUUCUUCGUCCACUUUUCACACUUUUUUCCUGCUGGGUGUCCAUUUUGCUCUUUUUUUUCAUCUCAGUCCACCUCCAUCUUUUUUUUUCCCCAUUUCCUCCUCUACCUCCACCAACACUUUUACCCCUCACUGGAGUGGGUUUUUUUUUUUUUAACUUUUCACUUUUUUUCGGGUACCUCCUAGCUAACCGCCCUAGUGGCGUGCUCGGGGCAGGCUGGAGUGGGGUAUGACCAACUGCCACUAUCCCUCUCCCCCUGCGGAGAGGGAUCGGAUGUACCAGCACAAGGUCUCCCUGGUGGUGCGCUACUUCAUGAUCCCAUGCAACAUUUGCCUCAUCCUGCUGGCCACCUCCACGCUGGGAUUCGCCGUGCUCCUCUUCCUCAAUAACUACAAACCUGUCCACUUCACGCCAGCACCCCCACCCCCAGAUGGAUGCAGAGGCAUGCUGUGUGGCUUCGGGGCGGUGUGCGAGCGCGACCCGUCCGACUCGUCCAAGGGCGAGUGUGUGUGCAAGAGGACGGUGUGCCCGUCGGUGGUGGCCCCGGUCUGCGGCUCCGACUCCUCCACCUACUCCAACGAGUGUGAGCUGGACAAGGCCCAGUGCAGCAUGCAGCGUCGCAUCAAGGUGCUGCGCAAAGGACCAUGCUCCCUGAAGGACCCGUGCAGCGAGGUGACGUGCAGCUACGGCAGCACCUGCAUCCAGACGUCGGACGGCCUGUCGGCCAAGUGCAUGUGCCCACACAGCUGCGAGCGGGAGCCGGAGCAGGUGGUGUGCGGCAGCGACGGCAAGGACUACCCCAACGAGUGCCAGCUCAACAAGCAGGCCUGCGAUGCCCAGAAGAACGUCAAGGUUCAGCACCAAGGACCAUGCGACCCGUGCAAGGACUCGGAGAACAGCCUGACCACGGCGUGUCGCGUGGAGCCCCGCACCCGUAAGCCCGUGACCUUCGCCCCCCCGGAGUCCUGUCCACCCGAUGCCCAGCCCCUGUGCGGCAGCGACGGCCACACCUACCGCAGCGAGUGCGAGAUGGAGCGCACCGCCCUGCAGAGGGGCCUGGACAUCCGCAAGAUCCACUCGGGACACUGCAGGAGGAGGGACGAGUGCCGUGAGGAGUGCGUCUUCAACGCGGUGUGCGUGGUGGAGCUGUCGGGCGCCACCUGCUCCUGCGAGCCCAUCCAGUGCGACGGCGCCUACAAGCCCCUCUGCGGCAAGGACGGCAACACCUACGCCAACGACUGCGAGCGCCGGCGCGCCGAGUGCCAGACCAAGGCCCACAUCCCCGUCAAGCAGCCCGGCCCCUGUGACCUGAACGCGCCCAGCCCGUGCCUGAAGAAGGAGUGCGAGUUUGGCGCGGUGUGCGUGGUGAAGAACGACGAGCCCGUGUGCGAGUGCCCGGAGGCGUGCCCGCAGGUGCCCGACCCGGUGUGCGGCAGCGACGGCCAGACGUACGGCAGCCCCUGCGAGAUGCGGGCCAUGGGCUGCGCCCUGCAGAGGGAGAUCCGCAUCCACCGCAAAGGACCCUGUGACGAGCCCUGUGCCAACUGCUCUUUCGGGGCGAUCUGCGACGGCCAGACGGGCAAGUGCGUGUGCCCCACGGAGUGCGUGGACACGCAGCAGCCGGUGUGCGGCAGCGACGGCACCACCUACGAGAACGAGUGCGAGUUGAACGUCAAGGCCUGCACCCAGCAGCUGCACCUCACAGUGGUGGCCCAGGGAGAGUGCAAGACGUGUGGCAGUGUGGUGUGCGGGUGGGGAGCGCGCUGCAUCCAGAACAAGUGCGAGUGCCCCGAGUGCCAGUCUCAGCCCUACAAGCCCGUGUGUGGCACGGACCAGAACACCUACGAUAACGACUGCGAGCUCCGCGCCGCCUCGUGCAAGCUGCAGAAGAAGAUCGAGCCGCUCAAGCCUGGCAUCUGUGACGAAGAGUGUGGAUCUGGAGCAUCGGGCUCGGGGGAGAACGGCUGUGAGCCGGAGAAGUGCCGCCUCUUCGGGGGCUCCUGGGACGAUGACGCGGAGGACGAUCGCUGUGUCUGCGAGUUCAGCUGCCUCAGUGUGCCACGCAGCCCCGUGUGCGGCUCGGAUGGCAAGACGUACUCCAGCGAGUGUGAGCUGAAGAAGACCAAGUGUGAGCAGCAAGAGCCCAUCAUCAUCCAGAACCAGGGCCCAUGCACAGCCUCCACCGCUCCACCUGAGCUCAACGCCCCUCAGCACUGCAGCGAGACGGUGUACGGCUGUUGUGAGGACGGCAAGACGACCGCCCAGGGCGUGGGACUGGCCGGAUGCCCAAGCGUGUGCCAGUGCAACAGCUACGGCUCCUAUGGAGGCACCUGCGACCCCACCAGCGGCCAGUGCUCCUGCAAGCCCGGCGUGGGCGGCCUGAAAUGCGACCGCUGCGAGCCUGGCUUCUGGAACUUCCGCGGCAUCGUCACCGAGAACAUGAGCGGAUGCACACCGUGUAACUGUGACGCGGGCGGCUCGGUGCGUGACGACUGCGAGCAGAUGUCGGGCCUGUGCUCCUGCAAGCCGGGCGUCAAGGGCAUGAAGUGCAACGUGUGCCCCGACGGCAGCCACAUGGGCGCCAGCGGCUGCGACAAAGGUCCAGAGGCACCAAAGACAUGUGCUGAGCUGGAGUGCAAGUUUGGAGCUUCCUGUGUGGAACAGGGUGGCCACGCCCACUGUGAAUGCCCCUCCCCUGACUGUGAUGAGAAGGACACAGGCAAGGUGUGCGGCUCUGAUGGGGUGACGUACGCUGAUCCGUGCCAGCUGAGGACUAUCGCCUGCCGGCAGGACAAAGACAUCACAGUACAGCACCCGGGCCAGUGCACAGAACUCAUCCCAGAGUCGACCGCCAGACCCACCACCCUCCUCCCAACCACCCCUCCUCCCUCCGCCCACGCCAAGGUCACCCCGCCGCACCAUGGCCCCACCACCACCAAUGCCGUCACCACCACCACCACCACCGACAAUGCCGACACCACCACCACCACCUCAUCGGAGCCUGACGAUGAGACGGCCGGGCCGGGCAGCAUCGUCAACGCCCUGCCCAUCCCCCCGCCCACCGAGAUGGCGGCCACCACGGCCGGCGCCACCACAAACCGCCCCAUCACCACCCACCACCAGCCGUCCCUCUCCUCCUCCACCACCCCAUCAUCCCCCGACGAUGAUGAGGAUGCCACCACCACCGCCGCCGCCCCUGCCGCCCAGGUCACGCCCAGCUUCGAGGAGUCGGGCAGCGGCGACCUGAGUGGGGACGGCGAGGACGAGGGCACCCCGUCUGGGGAGUCCAGCGGAGAGAGGGAUCCAGUCGAGCCCACAGCUGCGGUGACCACCAUGCCCCCGCCGGAGGAGCGCUCAUCCUGUGACAACACCCCCUUCGGCUGCUGCCCCGAUGGCAAGACCGCAGCCAGCAGCCCCGAGGGCCCCAACUGCCCACCCACCAUGAGGUUCAAUGGCUUCCUUCAUCUGGACCAGGUGGACGGCCAGGAGGUCUUCUACACCCCCGAGAUGGAGGACCCCAAGUCGGAGUUGUUUGGGGAGACAGCCCGGAGCAUCGAGAGCGCUCUGAACGAGUUGUUCCGUAAAUCAGAGGUGCAGAAGGACUUCAAGAGUGUGCGUGUCCGCAACCUGGCCCCCAGCAACUCCAUCCUGGCCUUCAUCGAAGCUCACUUCGACCCAGACACGCGGUUCACGGUGGAGGACAUCAAGGCGGCCCUGGUGAAGCAGCUGAAGGCGUCCGGGCAUCGCGAGCCGGGCAUCAUGGUCAAGAAGCCGGAGGGAGAGAACAUCAGCUUCUCAAAUUACGGUCUCUCCACACUGCCGUUCUUCACCACCACCACCACCACUGUUGCCGCGGUGACCACCCCCACCACCACCACCAUGCUGCCCCCCACCGCCGGCUUCACCACCCGCCGGCCGGCAGUCACCUGGCGCCCCUACCCCCGCCGCAAGACCACCACCGCGCCUCCCCAGGUGCCCACCCAGCGCCCGACCACCACCAUGGCCACCUUCCUUCGCACCCAGGCCCCCACCACCACCAAGGGACCCUCGCUGCGCACCAGGCCCGUGUCUCACGCCUUGCCGGGGGGCCAGAAGCCCUGCGACUCCCAGCCCUGCAAGCACGGAGGCACUUGCGAGGAUGAUGGAGACGAUUUCACCUGCAUCUGUCCCGCCGGUCGUGGAGGAGCCGUCUGUGAGAGGGUGAUCACGUACUACAUCCCAGCCUUCGGCGGCAGGUCCUACCUGGCCUUCCCCAAGAUGAGUGCCUACCACACGGUGCGCAUCGCCAUGGAGUUCAGGGCCUCGGAGAUGACCGGCAUUCUGCUCUACAACGCCCAGGAUGAGAAGAAGGACUUCCUGUCUCUGGCACUGGUCGGCGGCAAAGUGGAACUCCGAUUCAACACCGGCUCCGGCACCGCCACGGUGACCAGCAGGGUGGUUGUCAUGCCAGGUCGUUGGCACUCGCUUGUGGUGACGCGUACCCGCCGUAACGCCAUGCUGAGCGUGGACAGCGAGCCCUUCGUGGAGGGCCAGAGCCCACCUGGUACCGACGGCCUCAACCUCGACACGGACCUGUUCAUCGGAGGCACACCGGACGAGAUGGCCGUUGAUGUGAAGGAGAGGACCUCCAUCUCGACCGGCCUGGUGGGCUGCGUGCGCAUGCUGGACGUCAACAACAUGGUCUACAACCUGCAGGAGAAGGGCGGCAACGUGCUGUACGGUAAAGGCGUGGGCGAGUGCGGCAACAACCCCUGCCAGCCCAACCCCUGCAAGAACAGCGCCCUAUGCCAGGUCAAGGAAGCCGAGAUGUUCCACUGCAAGUGUGUCAACGGCUUUUCAGGACCGACAUGUGCCGAUGCCCAUAACCCGUGCGACCCCAACAAAUGCCACCCGUCCUCCACGUGCCAGGUGCUGCCCGAGGGAGGCUACAAAUGCGAGUGUCCGAUGGGCCGUGAAGGCAAGCACUGCGAGAAAGUGUCUGAUCGCAAAGGCGCUUACAUUCCGACUUUCACCGGGGAAUCCUUCCUGGUUCUGAGGGGACUGCAUCUCUAUGGACAUGACCUCCGUCAAAAGGUCAGCAUGACUGUGGUCCUCAUGGCCAACGACUCCAACGGCAUGAUCUUCUACAAUGGCCAGAAGACGGACGGCAAAGGGGACUUCAUCUCUCUGUCUCUGAACGACGGCAUCCUGGAGUUCAGAUAUGACCUGGGCAAGGGCCCCGCUGUCAUCAGGAGCAAGGAGAAGCUCAAAUUGAACGUCUGGAACACCAUCAACCUUGAACGGGCCAACCGCAAGGGCGAGAUCAACAUCAAUGGCAAAGAUCCAGUCAAAGGAGAGGCACCGAACCAGCAUACCGACCUAAACCUGAAGGAGUCUCUGUAUGUCGGCGGAGCACCAGACUUCAGGCAGCUGGCGAGGGCAGCUUCGUUGAAGGAUGGCUUCAAAGGAGCCAUUCAGAAGAUCACGUUGAUGGGCACCACCAUCUUGAAGCCGGAGAACGCAAUGGACUCCCGCGACGUGUCCAUGUACAAGCACCACCCCUGCUCCCAGUCCACCUGCUCCAAUGGCGGUCGAUGCAGCCCGCUGCUCGAGAGCUUCGAGUGCGUGUGUCAGCCUGGCUACACAGGCAACCGCUGUCAACUCGUGAUCCACGAGAAGUCCGCUGGGGAGACGGAGGCCAUUGCCUUUGACGGCCGAACAUUCAUCGAGUAUCACAACGGCGUCACUAAGAGUGAGAAGGCCCUGCUGGUGAACAAGUUUGAGCUGAGCAUCAAGACGGAGGCGACGCAGGGCCUGAUCCUGUGGAGCGGCAAGGGCGUGGAGCGCUCCGACUACAUCGCGCUGGCCAUCGUGGACGGCCGCGUGCAGAUGACCUACGACCUGGGCUCCAAGCCUGUGGUGCUGCGCUCCACCGUGCGUGUCAACACCAACCGCUGGAUCCGCAUCAAGGCCAGCAGGGCUCUCAGGGAUGGCUCUCUGCAGGUUGGUAACGAAGCCGCGGUGACAGGGUCAUCACCCCUGGCAGCGACCCAGCUGGACACAGACGGAGCACUCUGGUUGGGAGGUCUGGAGGAGUUGGCGGUGGCGCGUCGGCUGCCAAAGGCGUACAGCACCGGCUUCGUGGGUUGCGUGAAGGACGUGACUGUGGACGGCGUGGAGCUUCAUCUGGUGGAGGACGCCUUAAACAGUCCCAAAAUAUUACACUGUUCCGCCAAAUAGUCACCCACUCCACCGCCCUCAUUCCCUCCGAGACAAAACAAAAAAAAAGAUAAGAGAUAAGAAGAGAAAAGAGGAAAAAAAAUCGCCAUGUCUACUGCUGUAAUUAUUUUCUAUUUUUGUAUACUUUUCAUCGCUUUUUAUAUUGGGAAAGAAAUAUGUUUUUAAUUUUUUUGGUCGUUUUGUUGUUUUGUUUUUGUUUGACCUUUUUUGUUUUGUUUUUGUUUUGUUUUGUUUUUAUCUGCACCUCCAUGCGUAAUCCCCCAUCACCCCCUGUUAAAUGCAAAUGUUAUCAUGGUGUCACAAGGAAAAAAAAAUAAGUUGUAUUAUGUAUGUUUUGUUGUUUUAAAAACAAAAAAGCAUAACCGUGCUCAUUACUUGAACAGUAACACAUGACAUUUGGUGCUGUGGUCUUCUUCUCUUGAUUGCCUUCUCUUUAGUGCCAUAACGCUCCUCUUUGCAGUACCCUAACAUUCCACUGGGCAGUCUUCUUCAUUCACCCUCACUGCAUACAACACAACCGGACAACAAUGUACUGCACACAAAAGUCAUCUAUAAGCUUGCUUACACAGUGUGAUGCAUUCUCUGAGACAAACAAAAAAGAAAAUCGAAAAUCGUGUCGUUGUCAGUGUUCCAAAAUACAGUACCAACUAGGCUGAGACCAUUUAGACAGAUUACUCACCAGUUGAAUAGUUUUAAUCUGUUAGUUUGUUGUCGUUGUUUUGUUUUGUUAUUUGCUCUAAACAACAAAUCCCUCGCUAACACCAAACGUAAAUGCAGAAAUUCUAACCGUGCGAGAAGAGCUAUAUUAUUAGCCAGUGUCAAUCACCUUCAAAUGCCACUGAUGAAAUGUAAACAGCGAAUGCAUCAUAUCCUUAAAAAACAUAAGACUGUGAAUAUGGACAAAUAAUGUUUUUGUUUUAUUUUAUUUUCUGUAUGGAUUGUGCUACACAUGUGUUGUGCGUCAUAAAAUUCCAAACAUCCAGUAAAUCUACUAACAACCCCGUGUUUGCAUGCCACUCCUAAUGGCCGCCUCAUUUUGCAUUGGAUUAUUGUUUAGGGAUUUCGUCUGUUCAGGGCAACUCGGACUGCGGCUGACAGCGUGUCGGGAGGGAGGGAGGGAGGGAGAGAGAGAGAGCACCCAGCAGUGUGCCUCUGCUCUGUACUGGAAAAAAAAGGUUCCAACAUGUUCCUCUGACACGAAAAAAAAAAGAAUAAGAAAACCAGAAUAAGAAAAAAAUAUAUAAAUAUAUAUAUAAAUAUAUAAAUAUUUAACUUUUUUAUAUUUGUUGUUUGUUAUUCUAAAAGUUUUAUAUUUGUUGGACGUUUAGAGAAAAAAAAUGUGAGCGUUGUGAUGGCAACUGGCCAUAUGGAGGUGCUGUAGCACAGGCUGAAGAAAUCAAAGAAGAGAGAGAGCGAGAGAAGGGCGUGUGAGAGAAAGAAAGACAGAGAGAGAGAGAAAUGGAGAGAGUGGAUCGAGCCUCCCCAGGGAGGUCAGAGCACUAAGAUUUCCUCAGCAUGUUCAGAUGUUACAUAAAGUCCUGAAGUGUUGAUCACAGCUGUUAUUCUAAUUUCAAAUGCAGACAUUACUUUUUUGGAAUUGCUCUCAGCUCUUGCGAGGGGGAAAAAAGGGAUUAUGUAACACGAUAGGCAACCCUUGCAUCUUAGGACUGCAGUUGGGGAAUCAACAGUGCAAAUAAAGAAUAUUAUUAAUAAGCAAGCAUAUUACAAUAACGUGAGAAAUAAUGCAUGGGUUUGUAUUGUCAAGAUGAACUUUUUUGUAAACAUGUCUGUGGACAGAUGCAAUGCAAUUGCUUCUUUUGCUGGCCCAGUUCAAGGAUGAACACCCUUAUUCUCAGAAUACAACGUACAGUGUGAUGAAAAACUCUGUGACAUAGACCAGACCCACUUGUUCAACAGUAUCCCGAUCCUGUGAUCCUAGGAAAUUUGUUAUUAUCCAUCCCCUGACUUUCCCCACCAGCAAAGGAGAUCAUUUUGUACAGCCUUGCCAUUUUCCAUGUAAAGUUAACAAUGUAAUAACUGUGGAGGUUUUGUUUUAGUAUAAUACACUGGAAUCAGUUCUGACUUGUCUAUUCACUACACAUUAUAUGAUGUUCCUUAUAUGAUGUCUUAGGGGGAGGGAGGGGGCAGGGAGUUUAAAAGGACAUUUUAUGAGGGUUUUCUGUUCGAGUGGUUUGGAGAGAAUUUUCUACGGUUUCCACCUCCAAGGUCAAGAUCAAGAACCUUCUCACGAGUGCGAAAGCUAUGAGGAACAUCCACACCGCAUUGUGAACCAUGCACUGAGUCUGUCAGGAACAAAACCUUAUUCCAUUUUCUUUUUUUCCGUCUUUCUAUUCCUUCACAUAUUUGUUCAUUCCUUUUUUUUCUGUGGACACAAACGUUGUUUCUGAAAUGGUCCAAUCACUGAGCAUAAGAAGAACUUGUGUGUUUGUGCGUGUGAUAGAAUGGACGUAACUCAAAAAAGGACAUCCAGUAUGUGGACUUGCAACAGUGACUGGAAAUAAAUUCAUGAUGGACGUCUAAGGAGGAAAAACCUGUCGAACGAAGAGUUGCCUUAAAUCAGAUCACCACUCAAUGGUGACCAUUUUGUGUUCCAUAUACUGUGCUGUGCUCUCACUUUAGCAAAACCUGCUAGUCCCAUCCCUGCCAUGUACGGUAAAUGAAUAAGACAUUUUGUUCAUAAUAAUAAUAACAACAAUAAUGAUCAUAAUUCCAGGGGGCCUCGUUUAAAAAAACUUAAAAUAUAUUCUGGGCUCUGCAAAAUAUCCUCUUUACUGUAUAAAUAUGUUUUUUUUCCCCUUUUGUUUUUAUUUCCAGUUUAUUAUUUAUGUCUUCAUAUGGAUUUCCAGACUGGCCUUUGUAAACUACUGUUAUUGAGUUAACUAUUCCUGAAAAGCAGUGCACAGAAUGAGAGGGGCAUGAUGUUACCAUUACUAACUUGAUUACUUGUGUCUUGUGUUCCUACCACCAUGAAAUAAAGUGUAAAAAUCUCAA